AUGAGUGGUCUUGUUGAAAUCAAGUCUCCUUCCGAGUGGAAGACUCUGCUCUCCAGCACCUCCGUAGUCGUCGCCGACUUCUACGCCGACUGGUGCGGGCCGUGCAAAAUGAUCGCACCUCACUUUCAGCGCCUCGCAAGCCAGCACUCUUCCCCCAAGAAGGUUGCCUUUGCCAAAGUCAACGUCGACUCUCAACCCGAAGUCGCCAAGGAGAACCGCGUGUCUGCUAUGCCCACCUUCAAAGUCUUCCACAACGGCAACUGCAUCGAGACCAUCCAAGGGGCCAACCCAGCCGCUCUCUCAGAGGCCAUUGCCAAGGCAGUUCAGCUCGCCGGCGGCGGUAAAUCUGCCGAUGGGCUAUUCAAGACUCCCGGUCGGACUCUGGGGGGAGGCGCACGUUCCGCGGCGUCGGCGGGCGGCUUCAACUACAGCAGCCUGUUGAACGCCUUGAUCGCCUUCGUUGGCCUGUACCUGGUGUCUCUGUUUUCGGCACGUAACCAAAAGGAGGACUAG